AUGUCAGAUAGUGCGAUGGUAGAUUACAUGAUCAAGACAGCAAGUACUGCUACUACUCCAAGUGGACUCAUCACAUCCCUAACUCACGUCGGACUCAGCUCAACAGCUGAAACGGAAUAUUUUGCAAACGAGCUUUUCAAUCGUGUACCGCGAGCUUCUUCAUCCAAAAGUGUCGAUUAUAUCACCGAACAAGGAAGGUUAGACAAGAAGAAAAAACAUGAUGCUCUGUACAAGCGUUACGAAGAAAGCAAACGACCAGCCGACGAAUUUGUGACAGACGUUGAUCGAUAUGAAGCUAUUCAAACUCAAAAUGCUACCACUAACUACGGUGCACUCGAUCGACCAUCUCUUGUCGAAGACUAUGAAUUUGUUUUCGAUGAGAGUGCGACCAUUGCCUUCUUGACAGACAAUGAUUCCAGAAUAGGUGGUACUCUGAGUGCCAAAGAUGCAGCUCUACAAGCACAGAUUGAUGCGGCAGAAAAGCGAGCCAAGUCUAUAGAUGAAGUACGAAAAUCUCUCCCGGUAUAUGAAUGGCGAGAUCGGUUGCUCGAAGCUGUUGCAGAGUAUCAAGUGAUGAUUGUGGUUGGGGAAACUGGGUCUGGAAAAACUACCCAGCUGCCUCAAUAUCUUCACGAGGCCGGCUACACGAAAGAUGGUGGUAAGAUAGGUUGUACACAACCACGAAGAGUGGCAGCCAUGUCGGUGGCAGCAAGAGUAGCAGAGGAAAUGGGGGUACGGGUAGGAGACGCGGUUGGGUAUUCUAUCCGUUUCGAAGACUGCACUUCCCCCAAGACAGUCAUCAAAUAUAUGACAGAUGGGAUGCUACUAAGAGAAUUCAUGACAGAGCCUGAUCUUGCGG